UGUGGCAACUUUACUUGCAUCUAUUUUGAAUUGUGUCCACGCUUGCAAUUCUCGACUAUUGCCGAUGUACACCGACACCGAACUAACGUCCCCCCUGAAAUAAACCUCAAUCUCAUGUUAUGAAGACACCUCAUAUACUGUUUUACUACCAAUCCCUGACUUUAAUUAUUUAUUUAUUGCAAUAAAUUUAUCACCAUCCUUUGAGAUGGAUGGGGAGAUUAAAGAGGGAUUUCUCUGCCCUAUAUGUCACAUUGAUUUCCGCUCUCCUAAAAUAUUAUUAAGCCAUUUUCAAGAAAAACAUGCAGAAGAGCAGGAUUUACUAAAAUCAUUAAAAGAUUUAGUUGGAAAGGCAAAAAGUAAAAUACUGAAAGUUGAUGAUAGAGAUAUUGAAGCAAUCAAGUCUGAUGUUACAUUCCAAAGAUAUUUCCUCGAGAAAUCAGAGCCACAAAAUCCUGGCAUCAGUAGGUCUCACAUAGAGUACUUUAAAGAAGUUAGAAGAGAAAGAUUGGAUCACAGAACUUCUGAAACUAACAAAUUAAUUAUAAGGUUGGACAGAUUUCUAAGAUCAACUGGCACUGAUCGUAAGCAGGUUGCUCAAGAACUAGUCACUUGGUUGGAUGGGAGCACUGUCACUAGAUGUCCAUCAUGUGCAGCUAGUUUUAAUUUAACAAGGAGGCAGCAUCAUUGCAGACUGUGUGGCAGUAUUAUGUGCAAUUCAUGUUCCACAUUUUUGACAUAUGAAGAAGCCAGAAGUAUAACAACAUCUGUGUAUUCAUCAGAUGCAAGUGUGGUACAGAAUAAACAUAAAGAUGAUCAAGACACUCUUAGAAUAUGCUCACACUGCAAAGGUAUGCUUGACUGCAGGAGUAAAGUACAGAUGAGUCAAAGUCAUCAUCCAUUGAUUUGCAAAUUGUAUCAACAAUUGCAGAGGGCUAAGAAUCAAAUUCAACCUAAUGUUGAUUUGUACAUUAAGAUGUUCACAUCUUUGGAUAUGGGUGACACAACAUAUACCCUGCAUGAUGCACAACAUUUAAGUUCCAUAGCAAAGCAAGCUGAAAUUUUAGAUACAAUUAGCUGUAAAAUAUCAGCGAUUCCACCAAAAGCAGAAUUUCCACGCGAAUUUAGUUUGCAGAAUUCGAUCCGUCGCGGAACAAACAUGUACAUCAAAGAGGUGAUACUAACAUUACCAAAUCUUCCAUCACCCAGUGAAUUGGUCAAAAAGAGAGAACAGAGACUCCUGCUGAAUUCUCAAGAGUCUGCCGCCGCGGAUUCCGUGCAUGUGGCGGUAAAAAAAGUUGCAGUAACCACCGGUUGGUCCCCUGCAAACGUUGCGAACAAUUUAGAGGCUAGCACGGCCGAUGGAGGUGAAGAUCCGCUAAUUGAACAAAUUAAUAUUGUCCGAAACUAUAUUCAGCAAGCGAUUCAAGCGAAUCGCUUCGAGGAGGUCGCCUCCCUGAGGGAGAAUUUAAAUAUGUUGAAGCUGAUGCAUAAAGAACAGCAGAAGUCUCAACAGCAACAUCAACCACGUGAUAAGUAGCUUUUAUAAAAUGUAUUCUAGCAUUUACAACAUAUUUUAUGUUAUCUUGUUUUGAGAGUGUACAUUAUUAUUUAUGGGUUUAUUUAGAAUAUGCAACUAUAUAUUAUAUAUACCUAUAUCUUGUUAUCGCUUAUAUUUAUUGGAAUAUAAUUUGAAACGUACAACUUCAUAUGUGUGUUAUGGCGCUUUUAGAAAAUGUAUUAAAUUGUAAUAAAAAUUUGCACAUUUUAA